AUGGCGACCUUCUUUUCUGUCCCUGUACGAGUAGUUUCUUUGUUGCUCAUCUUUCUUCACGUCGAAGCCAGCAACAAUAGUGGCUUCAAUGUCCAACUUAUCCACCGUGACUCCCCUGCCUCUCCAUUCUACAACCAUCCUCAGAGCCCUUCACAAUGCCUCAAUUAUAAGCUUUCCAUCAACCAUUCUUCUGCUCCUUUGGUGAACAAAACCAUUCGUUCUAUGGUAAUUCCAAACAAGUUCGAGUAUCUGCUGAAACUCUCUAUCGGCACUCCUCCGGUGGAGUUUUUUGCCGUCGCCGACACUGGAAGCGAUCUGACAUGGAUUCAGUGCAAACCUUGCAAGAGUUGUUUCAAACAAAUUGCACCCAUCUACGACCCCAACAAGUCUUCAUCCUACAGAGAUUUAUCUUGUCAGUCCGAAGCUUGUCAAGCUGUAGAUCCAUCCUUCUGCGAUGCUGAUCGCAGAUGCCAAUAUUCCUAUAUCUAUGAAGACGGUUCUUUCAGCAAUGGAGUUCUAGCCUUAGAGACCCUUACAUUGCAAUCCUCUGGCGCCCAGAAUAUCUCCAUACCCAAGUUUGUGAUUGGUUGUGGGCACAAUAACAGUGGGUUCGACGGUCACGACACAGGACUGGUUGGAUUAGGACUAGGAACUGGGCCCUAUUCAUUCAUAUCCCAGUUAAAUCCAUUGAUCGAGGGCAAGUUCUCCUACUGCUUGGUUCCAGUACAGGAAGGAAAAUUGAGCAGCUUCAUGAAAUUCGGUUCGGACGCCAUUGUUAAGUACAGUAAUACUGUUUCAACACCAUUGAUGUCACCGGCGAUGUCAUAUUACGUUCAGCUAAAUGGGAUCAGCGUUCAAAAUCAAAUGCUUAAGGUGGUGACGAACGGUGUUGAUCCGACUGCCGGAAACAUUGUUAUUGAUACGGGCACUACGUACACCUUCAUAAAUCGCCAAACAUACCAACAAUUGGUUGCAGUGUUAACGAAGGUGAUCGGUCUUCCGGUUGUGCAAGAUCCAUCAGGAGAAUCAGAACUGUGUUACAAGACUGAAACACUGGACGGCCUUCCUGCAAUAACCUUUCACUUCUUGAAUGCGGAUUUGGUUCUCCCCCCACUUAAUACCUUCGCUAAACGUCAGGGGGGUCCUGUUUGCCUGACAAUAUUGCCUGAUGAUGAAGAGCAAAUUUUUGGUUGUCUAGCACAGCAGAACUUCAACAUUGCAUACGACCUUGAAGAAAAGAUGGUAUUCUUUGCUCCUUCUACAUGCGGUGCUCCUAGGGUUCUAUUUGCAUUCUCAUUCUAUCUCGUGCUUGCUCUUGUAUUAUUCCUCAUGUAUAAUAAUUAG